AUGCGCAGAAUUAUCGUCUCCCCUUCUCCCUCUUCAAGACAUGCAUACUCGGAUGAUUACUCCGACGAAAACUCGAUCGACGACAUCCAGGAAGUAGAGGCUGCCCUCAGUAUGGUUGACGACGAGAUCGCCAACACCGAAGAUGCACUGACGGAAUGGUCCCAAUCUCGUGGGGGCUCUUCAGUCGGUGCCUCGGAUUACUCUUCCCAGACUGGUUUCACCGGACAGUACAGCGGCGCCUCGUCCGUGACGCCAUCGAGCUACGUCUCGGAAGGCUUUCGCCCUAUGACAGAUGCCCUUCUCGACCGCGAGCGUAGGGUCCUCAGCACCAUCUCAGAGCACACGGAAGAGCGCUCUAGACCGACAUCCUUCGCGCAGUCCGGAAGUGGAGGCAUCAACCUCGAAGGAGGUAUGGCAUCUCCCGUGCCGUUUCACAGCAGGUCUGCCACAGACCCUAGUGGCUCUCAUUCGCCCGCCCCCGGUGCGACCGGACGGGUGUUGAAUGUCCCUGGACGCCGUGCUGGUGAGCUCAUUGCGUUCUUUGAAGAAAAGCGGGCGGAGACCGGGUCUCCUCGCCUCCUCGGUCACACUCGUACGCUCUCUGCGCCUAUGGGACCUCGCUCGCCCGCCCCCCGUUCUCCUGCACCGCGCUCGCCUAGCCCCUACACUACUACGAUGAGCCAGUCGCUGUCUACGUUCCCCUACACCGGUGGUUCGACGACUUACGGGUACGGCACUACAACUGGAUACGGGAGCUCCACCUACGGUUAUAGCUCUCGCCCCUCCUCCCCGACGAAGAGCAGCAGGGCAGGCUCUUCGGUCUCGUCUUCUGGGCCUAUCACGACGAUGUCGUCUGUUCUGUCUCCCCCGUCCCGGGGCACACCUCUCACGUCGGAGUCGCGGUUCACCCCGACCAGCAACACGUUCACCCAGACCCGCACUACGACAGACACCUACACCCGCACGGGCUCCGGCGGCAGUGCUGCGUCGGGCUCGGUCACGGGCACAGGCUCGUACUCG